AUGCACGCCCGCGUCGUCUCCUCGACCGCGCAUUCUCGGUGUUCCACGUCGAACGCGAACGCGAGCGCGCGUCGACCGAGCUCUCGAGCCGCCGCCGCCGCUUCGAGGUCACUCAACUUGAUUCGUCUCUCCGUCGCCGCGCGAGCGACUGGCAAGGGAUACGACAGCGCCAAGGACGCAGAGGAAGAUUUAUUGUUCUGGAACGAGGAAGACCUGAUCGAUGACGAUCCGGUGACGAUCGAAGAUGACGACGAGGAUUGGGACGACGAGGAGGACGAAGACGACGACUGGUUCUUCGUCCCGGAGGGGGCGAACGUGCGAGCGGUGGACGAAGAUUUGUUCAACAUAGAGGAUGAGGACGACGGUGCGGGAUACGUGAUGGAUUAUGUGCGAGUGCCGACGCGAGGGGAGAGAGUUGGGUCGGACGAUCGUGGGGUGAACACGUCCUUGAGGUCGCCGCGGAAGAAUCCGCUCGCGCCAAAGGCGGACGAGAAGCCGAAGCGCGUAGUUGGUGAGAGUGGUAACAUCGAUGCGAAGAAGGAGAACAAGGGAAUGAAAAAGGAGGAGGUCGAGCGCAUGGUGCGCAUGGGAGUGCCGCGCGAUCUGUUGUUUGCAAUCGAGGAAGAGAAGAAGGAAAUCGAGUCCUUCAACAAGAAGAAGGAAAUCGACGCGGCGAAGAAGACGCACAAGCGCAUGACCAUCGUCGCCGGAAAGUACGCACGUCGUAAAUUAUUAUCACCGAGUGGUCUAGACACACGACCGAUGAUGAGCAUGGUGCGAGGGGCGACGUUUGACAUGAUGUUAAACUUUCUUGGUUCGCGUAGCAACGUGCAGUUUCCGCCGAACUCACGAUGGCUCGAUCUCUUUUGCGGCACCGGCGCGAUCGGCCUAGAGUCCAUCUCUCGAGGCUGCGUCGAGGCGCACUUUGUUGAGAUGGACCCGUGGGUGAUCAACAAUUGCACCAAUAAGAACAUCGCGACGCUCGGUGUACAGAAGCAGACCACGACGCACUGCGCCAGCGUGCAAGCCUUCAUGAGUCAGAACCACAAGAGCGCGCGAGGCGUCGGCGGUGCGUUCGAUUUUAUCUCAUUCUGCCCGCCGUACUACAAGGUCUCCUACCCCGAGCUCUUACUCCAGCUCGACGAAUCUGCCUUGAUCAAGGACUCGACGGUCUUAAUCGUCGAGUACGCCUCUGGGCAAGCGAAGGACAUACUCCCGAGCAUCGGCAAGCGCCUCCGUCGCGUCCGCGACCGCCGCUACGGCCGAACCUUCGUCGCCCUCUACGUCUGCGACGGCCGCGACGUCGACGUGGACGACGACGACUUCGAGACGCCCACCAAAUUCGGCAAGCCCGUCAAGAGCCGACGCGACGACGACGACAACGACGACGACGACGACGACGACGACGACAGCGUGUAA